AUGCUAACGACGACGUACUUCUGCAGCACUGCUCGCAGCAGUGCUGCUGCAGCUGCUGCUGCUGCUACGACAACGCCUUCUGCUAUUGUUGCUGCUGCUGCUGCUGCUGCUCGCCAGCACACCUUUACUAGCCGUAGACACAGAUGCACAGCAUGCAGCAGCAGCAAGAACCAGAACAACAACUGCAACAACCACACCAGCAGCAGCAGCAACAGCAGAAACUGCUGCUGCUGCUACUGUUGCAGCAGCAGCAGCAGCAGAAGCGACUACCUUCGGCUGCUCGGCCGCACAGCCAUCCCCGACAGCAUGCAGAUGCGUCAGCAGCACCACCACUACAGCAGCAGCAGCAGCAGCACCGAUACACGCAGCAGCAGCAGCAGCAACGACAACAAGGACAGCGGCAUGAACAGCAGCAGAAGCAGCAGCAGCAGCAACAACAACAACAAGGACAACGGCAUGAACAGCAGAAGCAGCAGCAGCAGCCGAAGUUACUGGCAGCAGCAGCAGCAGCAAGAGAAGCAGAAUUUUGCUGCUCAGGCAGACGCGUGGUGGGAUCCGAACGGCCCUGCUGCAGCACUGCAUGCAUACACCCCAGUGAGGGUUUCUCUGCUGCUGCAGCAGCUACAAACACUGCCUCUUUAUCAGCAGAUUCUGCGCUCCCAGUCGCGUCAACACCAACAGCAACAGCAGCAGCAGCAGCAACAGCAGCAGCAACAGCAACAGCAACAGCAGCAGCAACAGCAGCUGCCUUUGCUGGGUGUACGUAUUGCUGAUGUGGGCUGCGGAGGAGGUAUAUUAAGCGAAGCAUUUGCUGCUGCUGGCGCCUCAGUAACCGGCAUCGACUCCACUGAGAUGCUGCUGGCUGUUGCAGAUAGAAGAAAGCAGCAACGCGCUGCAGAAGGCCUCCCUGACCUGAGUGAUCGCCUGCGUUACCUCGUGGCAGAUGCAUGCGCCCCCCCACAGCAGUGA